AUGACAGCCUUUAAGCUCGAUUUCACUCAUUCACGCGAGUAUUCUCCCGUCAACGUGAACUGGCCGGCUGCCCACAUACAUAUGCUGCCAGUGGAACUUCUACAGCAGGUAUUCUUGCUCAUCGUCAAUGACGUUCCAGACUGUCCUGGUGUCUUCUCUUAUGGAGAAACCACCAUCUCCGCCAAUGUUGGCAGCCCUCCCCUAGUAUUCACCCGUGUGUGCCGUUUUUGGCGAGUCAUUGCACAUUCAACGACAGCGGUCUGGUCGCGUAUGCAGGUCUCCCUUCCGGGACGAGUCGAACCCUUGACACCGUUUCUUCCAUCUCUCCUCCAGUCGUGGCUUGCACGCUCUGGCGAUCAGCCUCUCACCCUCCGCAUCCUAUCCGGAGAGCUCCCCGUACGCACCACACGCCGCUGCACGCGACAGUCGUGCCACGAACCCUCGCAGGCAGAUUCUCAACUGCUCGGAAUCCUUCUUUCUGAGAGGAAGCGUUGGGGAACUGUGACUCUGGUGUCCGCAGACGACUGGAAUCGUGACUUCGACACACCCCAAUUGAGAUCCUUGCAGUGUUGCUGGUCAGAACUCAGCAGUUUCAAUGCACCAAACCUCACACAUCUACACAUCACUUAUCGCUGGUCUCUUACCAUGCGAUUCAGACACACUCCCACCUGUGACAACGUACGUCAUCUCUGGGUCGAGAAUGCUUCUGCCCACGUUAUACGCUCCUCUUUCCUCAUGUUUCCUCGUAUGGAGUCCAUCAAGGUGGAUCAAAUCAGAUCUGAAAAUGGUUAUCCACAUAAUUCAACCACCCACUCUUGCCUCGAAUCGAUCACUUUCCCCAUCCCCUCGGAUCCUUUUCAACAACGCGAAGUUCUCAAAAUAUUUGGCGAACUUUGUCUUCCCAUGUUGCGCAAAUUGACGCUUGUGGCAGAUCCAGAAGAAUCAGAAGUUUCUUGUAUUGUGGCAGCGCUGGAAAUUGCAUCUUGCGACGUACAGGUGGUAGACUUUCAGACGACCAUACUGUUGAGCGAAGUUGAUGUGGAUGUCAUUGAGCCGUUGUUUUCGGUCGCGAGGGAGGUUACUGUUCAUGGGAGGUGCUCCGCCGUCCUGUCAGGCAGUAGUACUGUGUUCCUCGUUGGUGACACGAUAGUAGCGAAUCUCGGUAUAUAA